AGAGAGAGGGAGAGAGACAGAGACACAGACGGACAGACCGACCUGGGCAGGGAGGGGGCGGAGGGGCCCGGACCAGUCGCCUGGAGAGGAGGGCGGCUCGCGGCUGCAAGGAGCCUCAUCCGGCGCCGUCCUCAGUGAUCCGAAGCGGUUCCCUGGAGAAGAGGGCAAGAUGAGCACAGGAAUGCGGUACAAAAGCAAGCUGGUCAACCCAGAAGAAAAACAGCACCCCCGAAUGAUGAGGUAUGCAAGUCUUCAAAGAGAUGCGCCCAGCGAAAGAAUGCAAGCCGAGUCAGACUCUGAAGAGAGGAGCAACACGGACCACGAGAAACAGUAUGUGGGAUUUGCCACCCUACCCAACCAGGUGCACCGGAAAUCCGUGAAGAAGGGCUUUGAUUUCACCCUCAUGGUAGCAGGAGAGUCAGGCCUGGGAAAAUCCACCUUGGUCAACAGCCUGUUCCUGACAGACCUCUACAAAGACCGGAAGCUUCUCAAUGCAGAGGAAAGAAUCAGUCAGACAGUAGAGAUUGUGAAACACACGGUGGACAUCGAGGAGAAGGGGGUGAAGCUCAAGCUAACGAUAGUCGAUACCCCGGGUUUCGGAGAUGCUGUGAACAACACAGAAUGUUGGAAGCCUAUCACAGAUUAUAUUGACCAGCAGUUUGAACAGUACUUCCGGGAUGAGAGUGGCCUCAAUCGGAAGAACAUCCAGGACAACCGAGUCCAUUGUUGCCUGUACUUCAUCUCACCCUUUGGCCACGGGUUGAGGCCGGUGGAUGUGGAGUUCAUGAAGGCGCUGCAUGAAAAGGUCAACAUUGUGCCCCUCAUCGCCAAAGCUGACUGCCUGAUUCCCUCUGAGAUCAAGAAGCUAAAAGAGCGGAUCCGGGAAGAAAUUGACAAGUUUGGAAUUAAAGUUUACCAGUUUCCUGAGUGUGAUUCUGAUGAAGAUGAGAACUUCAAGCAGCAAGACAGAGAGCUGAAGGAGAGUGCUCCCUUUGCAGUCAUUGGCAGCAACACAGUGGUUGAAGCCAAGGGGCAGAGAGUACGUGGACGACUCUACCCAUGGGGCAUAGUGGAAGUGGAAAACCAAGCACACUGUGAUUUUGUGAAGCUGCGAAACAUGCUGAUCCGAACCCACAUGCACGACCUGAAGGACGUAACCUGUGAUGUUCACUAUGAGAACUACCGCGCACAAUGCAUCCAGCAGAUGACCAGCAAGUUGACUCAGGACAACCGGAUAGAGAGCCCCAUUCCGAUCCUGCCCCUUCCGACACCAGAUGCCGAAACAGAGAAACUGAUCAAGAUGAAGGAUGAAGAGUUGCGGCGAAUGCAGGAGAUGCUCCAGAAGAUGCAGCAGCAGAUGCAGGAGCAAUGAGAGGAAGCUGGGACAGACGGGCCAAGGGGAUCCUCUCGGUGGCGAGUCGGCCAUUCAGCAGGAAUCAUGAACACUCCUGGAAGGACUUUCCCGUUGCAAGGAAGAGGAAGGGGCACAACAGACUUGUGAGCGUGGAUGGCACUUCUGCUCUCUCCAGUAUGAUUGUAGCCUGACGGUGCAAAGGUGGAAGGGGAGAGCUUGCUGAGAAUCGCCUCCUGUCUUCAGAGUAUUCCCAUUGCUUCCCAGUCUUUCCUAGGUGUAACUCAACGCUUGUUUAGGGAACAUCCUGGUAUUUAAAGAAAAGAAAUCUCCAUUUCUAUGGCAUAUGAAUUUUGAGGACUCUGUGGAAAAUGCACGUAAAUGUUUACUCUUAA